CAGGGCAGCGCUCCUGGUCUGCAAACAGCUGAACAACUUUGCAGGAGAGUGAGGACCGACUGAGCACAAUACAGCCCAGAGAGGGAGAGAGAGAGAGAGACAGAAAGAGAGAGAGAGAGAGAGAGAGAGAGAGAGAGAGAGAGAGAGACUGAGGAUCAGCGCUGCAGCCAAGGAGACCACAGAAACACUCUUCCCCCAAAUCCCCAACUCUGCAGAGGCAACCAAGAGAAAAAGGCAGCAAAGGCUAACAAAAGCAUUCUUGGCUUGCAGUUUUAAAAGAAGAAGAAAAAUAACAAUACACCGGGGUGAGAUCAUUUACUCUGAGAUACAAAUUCAAGGAGAAAGGCGUGACAGCCUCAGGAUUGUCAUCAGCAACAUCUCCUGGUACAAAGUGAGGGAUCGGAGCUCUGCGCUGCAUGAAGGAUAAAUCCAUCUGGGAGAAGAACCGAGCAGAAACAGGAUGAGAGCGACUCUGAGGAUCACGUGGCUGCUACUUUCACUCAGUUUCCUAUUUUACAGUGUUUGUUCGGAGUAUGACACUCCUAUGACCAAAAAACCUCCUGGCUCUGCUAAUGAUGCCACAUCUGGGCCAACUGUUGCUGCUCCCACAACCAAAGUUGAUGUAUCGACUGCAAAUAAUGAUGGAAUUCCCUUAGCUCCAGCUGCUACACCAACAGCUACUGGUGUCGGAAAGAACAGCGACCCUCCACAAACACCUACACCUGCUGUUGUGACCACCCAAGCUGCUGUCCUAACCACUCAGCCACAAGCAACAAUUGUCACAAAAAAAACGCCAGCGGUAACUAACGCUCCUGGAAACCCUCUUUCUGUGAACGAUGUCACUACUCCUGUUGUUCCUACCACCGUCCCACCCAAGACCACUAAUCCAGCAACUGAGAGGGUGACCUCCGGGGCUACCACAGUACAGCUCACUGCAGCGCCUGUACCCACUACAGUCUCUGAAGUAGGGAGUUCUGUCACUGUAGAGGCCUCCAAGACCUCAGUGGUCCCAACAGAUGUUCAUGUUACUACACUAGAACAAGUGUCCCAGCAGCCUCACAUCUCCAUCACAUCAAUGAGGCAGGGGGACAGCAUCAGAGUUACCACGGAAGGAUUUAAACAAAGUCAGGAGCUGACAUCACCGAAGCCCACAGAGCUCCCUGGGAACGUAGAGAAAACCAGCAUCCCCUCCAGCCACACCCAGACCAGAGCACCUUCAGCAGGGACUGUAGGUAGCACAGGCACUACCACCCCUCUGCAACCCACCGCUGCAGCGACCACCACAAGUCCAACCAGCUCCACUCCACCUCAGCCAAAGAAGUUUGUUUAUUCUCUACUCAGUGAGCAGGAGACUAAGGAAGAAAAGGAUCUGGCCAAGGUGUGCAAGCUGCUGAUGGAAAACUGGCAAAAUGGAACAUGCACUCUGACAUACAGGCACCACAUGGGCAAAAAACAGUUUGACAGUGUGGAGAUAAGCGGAAAAGUGUCGACCAGCGUCGCAGCGCAGUAUUAUGAAGAAAUCACCAAGGAACCAACAGAUAACAAAACCCUGAUAGCCAUCCUGGCCUCCUGUGGCGCUCUGCUCAUCAUGAUCGUCAUCCUGGCUGUCUGUGCCUCCCACCACCGCAAGCCCUACAACGAGAACCAGCAACACCUGACGGAGGAGCUGCACACGGUGGAGAACGGUUACCAUGACAACCCCACGCUGGAGGUGAUGGAGGUGCAGCCGGAGAUGCAGGAGAAGAAGAUGGCGCUGAAUGGAGAGUUCAACGACAGCUGGAUCAUCCCCAUCGACAACCUGCUGAAGGAGGACAUCCCUGACGAAGAGGACACCCACCUGUAAGGACGGACAGGGACAGAGAAGAGAAGAGGAUGCUGACAGGACCGGCCACGACAAAAGUAACCAAACAAUCUCAACCCUGGGAGCAUGUCCCUGCAGCCACCUGGACAGUCUCACAUAGAAAUACAUCCUACAGAACACUGGUGUUUCUGAGCUGCUCUGAUGGAUGCAUUUCUGCUGCAGUUUGAUACAGCAGUAAAACCUGACACAGUGGCCUGCUCAGAAAAACCACUAAACCAAUCACUGCUGAGUUUAUACUGUAGUUUUUAUACAAAUCUUUGAUAUGUGACUUCAUGCAGAGCACAAUUCCAAAUUUCUAAUAUCACUUAUUACACUCAUGUAAACUCAGAAAGUGUCCCAAACCCUGAGAGGACUGUGCCUUUUUUUUAUUGGCACUUGUAAAUAGAGUAUUUUUAUAUUAUUGUGAAGUGAUAAAGGAGCCAGGUGAUGUUGCAAACUCAUCACUUUGCGUCAUCUUGUGGUGGAACGAAAACGUCAGCUGCCUCGGCCGUUCUAGAUUUACUAAUAUAGACAGAUGACCUCAGGAUAGUUUAAGGUAUCCUGGUGAUUUUCCACUAGUGUGUUUCAGCUCGGAGGAAGCUGCCAGCAAAAGUCAAAGAAAUCCCACACUGGUACAUGAACCUUACUGAAAGAGAGGACAUGCCCAUAGAGACGCUGCUGAUGAUAGAUGGGUCAAAAGUAAGAAGACAGAUGAGGGUUUUUCAUCCAAAACGGAGGGGAUGGCUCUAUUUGUUGUGUCUGUUCCUCUUUGUUUAUUGAAGCUGGUUUCUUGGGAUUGUGAAGAAAAAGCUCCAUCAUUUGAAAAAGGUCUUUGCUUCUACACUUGUAGAAAAUGGAGGAAAUUUCUCAGUAUUCAGUGAAAAAAAGAAGGCUGUGUCACUGAAAUGACUCAUUUUGGAAGAUAAAGGGUAAUUAGGACUUUAGUACAGCUUCAGUCCGAUUUUUGUGUUUUUUGCUGUCAUUACAAUCACUUAAAGUCGAACAGAAAAAGCAAAAAGCUUGAGCAAUCAGAUAAUCAGAUAGGUUCUAAUAAUAGAUGGAUGUAAAAGAUGGAAGAGUAUUAAACCUGCAUUCUUUGUAACAACCAGCAGUAAAGUCCUUGUACAGAGGUUUAUGAGAAAACGAGAACAUUUCUCACUUGAUUUGUUACCUCAGUAAUCACUGUCCUAAUGUGUUCAUGGUCUCAAUUAAUUACAGCAUGAUGCUCAUUGAGAAAACUAUGGUCCCAUUUCGGGUAAAAUAGAUGAUGAGGCAGUGUAGUUUUCAGUCUGAUCCACCCCUUGCUCAUCAACUUCUAGUUUCACAAGAGCAAGAUUCAUUCAAGACCCAAGGCUUCAAAACGAUAGUCCACAAACCAAUGGGUGAAGUCAUUGUCUGCUAAAUCACUGCACUGGGGGUAAACCUACCUAACAGCCUCCCACUGUGAAGCAAAUGACAAGAGUAUGGCUGGUACAAGACAUCAGCAUUGAACCAGAGACCCAUUGACCAGGAGCACUACUUAGAGCUAGUUACAUUACAUAUGCAGCACUCAAAAAUGGCAUUUGUCUAUUGGAAAUAGUUCAUUGUUGCGUAAACCAAAUGUUUUUCAGCUUUCCAGUUUGUAUCUGCAUGCUGCAGUCCACUACAUCAGUGUUUACCUGCUGACCUUCCCACAGCUUCUCAUCGAGACUCUAGACUUUACAUCCUGAAAACUGGAAAAGCACUCAGAGCGGUCCUCCACCAAGGCUGCUCAGUCAGUGUAGGAUUUCAGACAGAUGAAGUCUUUAAACAAUUCAAGAUUUGUAGUAGUAUCACAAUCAUGUGAUCGUCAGCAGGCAGCUGAUGUAGUGUUCACUCGUUGUCAUGGUUACAGUGAUGCCGUGCCGCUAUCUCACAAUGAUACAGGGGUCUUUAACAAAUCCAUGAAUCCAGAUUAUAAGCUGCAUCACUGCCAAAAUCUAAUCACUUGGUCCUUGUGUCAUUUCUGACCUUCCCUAGAAAGUUCAUCUAAAUCCAUUCAUCUGUUUUUGAGCAAUGUUGCUAACAGACAGACAGACAAGCAGACCAACAGCAAUCAUCACAUAACUCUGCCACGUUCUUUGGCAGAGUAAUAAAACAGACUUUUUCCAAAUACCAGAGUUUUUACUACCAAGUUAAACAGAUUUAUAAUAGAAACUGAAAUCUAGUUUAUUUGGGGUUAGUUUAAGUAUCUUUUUGUUUGUACAAUAUAACCACUGCUGAUUGGAGAAACAGGAAAACUACUGACAUAACACCCCAGCUACAACUACCCCAAAUGAUCCUUUAACUGCUGUGACAUUAUUUUCUGAGGCCAGCACCAACAAACAUUUUCCACUCUGACAGGUUAAGACCUUCCGCCCGUUGUCCACUGUUACCAUGGAUACCAGUAAAAGCCUGCUCCUCAGUCAGCUCAGCAUUCAUACUAACACUGGACUGAGGCUGACUGUGCUUUCAAGAGCAGACAUCAUGUCACACUGUAAAUAGUUCUGUGUUGUUUCAUUGUGUCUGAUGCUGGAGGGGUCAAGUCAUCUGACAUUUUCAAGAUGCUGGAUAAUAAAACCCUCACAGCACGAUCUGAACACUUUGUCUAAUCAUUUUCUUCCAUUUAAACCAAUUAAGACGUUAAUAUAUAUGUACUUCCACCUAUAUACAAGUGAAUCCCUCACACUGGGCACUCCACUUCAACCUAUUCCUUCUUGUGUUUGUGUGCGUCUACUGUUUCACUUUUAUUAUAGUUGUGCCAUGUUCACCAAAGUACGUUAUCAGUAUUUUAUGUAUUUAUGGUUUGUUUGCUGCUGAAGGCAGACAACAGGGGUCUGACACACUGGAAGCUGUAAAUUGUGGAUGGCUGCGGCCGUCGUGUUGUUGUAUCUGAUCAGAUUUGCAAAUAAAGGAAGUGUUUUCCACUUUGA